CCUGGCAGGGGGAAGGAGGGCGGGUCCUGGCAGGGGGAGGAGGCCGUUUGACCUCCCGUUUCGACCCCCGGGGUUCGACCCCCGGUCCUCCUCGUCCUCCUCUUCCUCCUCCAAGGGAUGGAGCCGCCGGAGUCUCCGGGAGCCGCCAGGUGGAAGCUCCUCCGCCAGGUUCUGAAGCAGAAACGCCUGGACGAUCACCUGCGACACGUGUCCAUCAGAAGAUUUGAGUCGUUUAACCUGUUCUCAGUGACUGAAGCCGAGAAAAGCGAAGCGGAGGAGGAGGCUGGGGUCUGGGUUCGAUACACGAGUGCCUUUCAGCCUGAAUACAGUGUCGUUCUGAGACACAACCAGGGAUCCUUAAACGUCCAAGAUAUCCUGACCAGCUUUGACAACACAGGAAAUGUCUGCAUCUGGCCUUCCGAAGAAGUCCUGGCUUACUACUGCCUCCAGCACCGUCAUACGUUCAGGGGCCUGGCGGUGUGCGAGCUGGGGGGCGGCCUGACGUGCCUGGCCGGGCUCAUGGUGGCCAUUUCGGCAGAUGCCAGGGAAGUUCUGUUAACUGAUGGGAAUGAAAAGGCCAUCCAAAAUGUGACCGACAUCAUCGCCAGGAACCAAAGAAUGGGAGUCAUCAAAACCCGUGCCGUCUCCAGUCGCGUUUUGCGAUGGGAUAAUGAGACAGAUGUCUCUCAACUGGAAGGACAUUUUGACAUUGUUAUGUGUGCUGACUGCCUGUUUCGGGACCAGAGUCGGGCUCCCCUUGCUGAUGCAAUAAAGAGAUUACUGCAGCCCGGGGGACGAGCCUUGGUGAUGGCGCCGCGCCGAGGAGACACCCUGGACCGGUUCUGCAGCCUAGCCAAGAAGGUCGGCCUGAUCCUGCAAAGACAUGAGAACUACGACCCACAUAUCUCCUCUGUCCAUGCCGAGCUGAAAGCCGGAUGCCGGGGCAUCUACGAGGAAAACCUCCACUAUCCACUUCUCGUGAUUUUAACCAAGCCGGGCUAGGGGCACCAAAGAGCGAGAGGAGGGAGGACAACUGCUGAGUGGAUCGGGAGGGGGUUUGUAUGCCCCUGAGGAGACGCAUCUGGUGAGGAGAUUCCCCACCAGCCCACUGACCACCGACUGACCGCUGACCGCAGGAAGCUCUGGGCCUCUCACUGUCUUCGCCUCUGUGGACACUGUUCUACUGUCACGAUUCUCCCCCUCCCCAGCCACAUCGCCAGACCCUGCGAUCCCUCCCCCAAACUCCUCGGACACAGCCUGGUCUUCCCACCAGCCUUCCUAGGACAAGCAGCUCUUCCUGCUCCCAUUGGCUUUGUUUGCAUUUAAAAACUCCUCAAGGGCCGAUCUCUCAGCUA